ACAAUGCACAGCCCACCCCUUCCCAACCGCCCCCGCCCCUGCUCUCCCUAGACCCCGCCGAGGCCGUGCCGCGACCCCUUCCCGGCGCUCCCCGCGCCGUGCGCCGCGCGCCUCGCGGUGACCCGCAGUGCGUGGGGUCAGGCGCGGGGCGGAGCGGCUGGGCGGGCGCCAUGCGGAGGGGCGAGCGCAGAGGCGCCGGGGGGCCGCGGCCGGGGUCCCCUGUGCCCGCGGGCAAGGCUUCGCUGGAGGAGCCGCCGGACGGCGCGGCCCCGGGCCGAGCGGGCGGGCCGGGCGCGGGCCGUCGCAGCACGGAGUCCGAGGUCUACGACGACGGCACCAACACCUUCUUCUGGCGAGCCCACACCCUAACUGUGCUCUUCAUCCUCACCUGUGUGCUUGGCUACGUGACUCUGCUGGAGGAGACACCUCGGGACACAGCCUAUAACACCAAGAGAGGUAUUGUGGCCAGUAUUUUGGUUUUCUUAUGUUUUGGAGUCACACAAGCUAAAGACGGGCCGUUUUCCAGACCUCAUCCAGCUUACUGGAGGUUCUGGCUGUGCGUGAGUGUGGUCUACGAGCUGUUCCUCAUCUUCAUACUCUUCCAGACUGUCCAGGACGGCCGCCAGUUUCUGAAGUACGUGGACCCCAGGCUGGGAGUCCCACUGCCCGAGAGGGACUACGGGGGAAACUGUCUCAUCUAUGAUGCGCACAAUGAGAGCGACCCCUUCCACAACGUCUGGGACAAGCUGGACGGCUUUGUGCCUGCGCACUUCCUUGGCUGGUACCUGAAGACCCUGAUGAUCCGUGACUGGUGGAUGUGCACGAUUGUGAGCGUCAUGUUCGAGUUCCUCGAGUACAGCCUGGAGCACCAACUGCCCAACUUCAGCGAGUGCUGGUGGGAUCACUGGAUCAUGGACGUGCUUGUCUGCAACGGGCUGGGCAUAUACUGCGGCAUGAAGACCCUCGAGUGGCUGUCUCUGAAGACAUACAAGUGGCAGGGCCUCUGGAACAUUCCAACCUACAAGGGCAAGAUGAAGAGGAUCGCCUUCCAGUUCACGCCCUACAGCUGGGUCCGCUUCGAGUGGAAGCCCGCCUCCAGCCUGCGCCGCUGGCUGGCCGUGUGUGGCAUCAUCCUGGUGUUUCUGUUGGCAGAAUUGAACACGUUCUACCUGAAGUUCGUGCUGUGGCUGCCCCCAGAGCACUACCUGGUCCUCCUGCGGCUGGUGUUCUUUGUGAAUGUGGGCGGAGUGGCCAUGCGGGAGAUCUACGACUUCAUGGAUGACCCGAAGCUCCACAAGAAGCUGGGCCAGCAGGCCUGGCUGGUGGCAGCCAUCACGGCCACGGAGCUGCUCAUCGUCGUGAAGUACGACCCACAUACGCUCACGCUGUCCCUGCCUUUCUACAUCUCCCAGUGCUGGACGCUUGGCUCUGUGCUCGUGCUCACCUGGACCAUCUGGCGCUUCUUCCUGCGGGACAUCACCCUGAGGUACAAGGAGACUCGGCGGCAGAAGCAGCAGAGCAGGGGCGACCAGGACAGAGCCGUGGGCAACACGGACGGACACUUGCCUGAGCCAGAAGACCCCCCAGGGCCUGUGGAGGCAGAGAGGGAGGGGGCGCCGGCCCCAAACUGACGCACCCCAUGAUUGCCUGGAGCCAAGGCUCGCUGGAGCCUUCCAACAGGCCCCGGCCCUUGUGGUUUUAUCACACUUUCUCCCGUGCGCACGGUGGGGCCCUGCGGGGUGGGGGCCGAAGGUGGCCCUCGUCCGGGUCAUGCGUGGUGUGUGCACGUGUGAACACAGUAUAUAUGGGUGUGGACACGUGUGCUCCACGUCCCUGAGGCCUCUCUGGGGCUGACAGGUGUGGCUGGGCUUGCCCUGGGCAGCCGGUCUCCUCCCCUUUCUGCACCUUCAGCCCAAGGGCCCCUGGGCUGCACCAGGCCCUCGGCACCAGACGGCCCUGCCCCGCACAGGCGUCACGGUGCCUUUCUCUGCUCCCUGGGCCCCUGGCCACUUUGAGGCCAUGGGUGUCCGUGCCCUGGCAGCACAUGUGAAGGACACCCCGUGACGGCUAAGAAGGGGCAGGUCUGAGCAGGCAGCCCUGAGCCAUUUCCCACAAACGUAAGAGUGGGAAGGGGGCCAGAGGUCACCGGACUGGUCCCUCGAGGACCCUGUGCCUGAGGUGGGGAGGAAGGGUUGAGGGUCGUCUUCAUGAGCAACCAGAACAAGUAAAGCAGCGAUGAAGGUCUGCAGCAGUGUGUCCUCCUCACUGGCUCCCAGCCUCUGCUCCAUCCUGCGCCCAACGCAGGGGCUGCCCAGAGGGGCGGGGGGAGGGGGUGGGUCAGGGCCAGUGCUGGCAUCUGUCCCCCCGGGUGGCUGGCAGUGUGCAGACGGACAGCCCCGGGUGCUGCAUCUGGCAGGGGGUGAGGGAGGCGGCUGUCCUGGACGUGGGUGCAUGCACAUAGCUGGAGAGCCCUCCUGAAAACACACCUGGGAUGCCGGGCCUGGUGGGGACCCCACGAAAGGACAAGCACUCCUCUUGCCAAAACAAGUGCUUUAAUAAAGUAUCUAAAACUUUA